CAGAACCGAAGCGAAAGCAGCAGCGGCGGCUUGACUCCUCUGGGGCAACCCACACAACACGGACGACGAGGCGGCACUCGUCUCGUGUAUGUUGACACUUUUUCAGUCACAUUCGGACCGUUUUUUGGAGCGACAAUAAGAAGUACAUUCAGAUACACACCGCCGUGAGGGAGAAGCAGUAGUAGCGCCAAGAGGAAGAAGAGAAGGCUAUUUAAGUGCGGAAGUGCCUGGUGUCAUCACGUAAUAUUGGGCCGUCAGUGUCGAAGUGGCACAGAAGGUGGCGGACCGGGGGGAGGUCCGUGGUGGUCGUAAGGACGUAUUUGGCUUCGACUGCUUCUGGCGCUGUGGUUGCUGCGGGAGAUUUUGAAGGCGGCGGCGGCGGUGGUGCGAUGCUGGCCCGGCACGCUCUGCUCCUGAUGGCGCUGCUGAGCCGAAGAUCGGAAGGCAACUUGUUGGACAGCAUGCUGCUUCGGAACGGCUGGAAGGGGGAAUCGGAGCGGAGGGCCGAUGGGGGCGGCAACAGCAGUAGCGCGGCCACCGUUGCGGUCCAAAACGUGCUGUGGUGUCACUGCAACCUGCACUGCCCUGAAGACUCUGCCAACAACAGUUGCAUGACGGACGGUUACUGCUUCACCAUGGUGGAGGAGGAAGGCGGUCUGGCCACAGUCACGUUAGGCUGUUUGGGACUGGCUGGCUCGGAGUUCCAAUGCAGAGACACGUGGAACACUCGCUUCAGGAGAGCUCUGGAGUGCUGCAUGGAUCAGGACUACUGCAACCGUAACCUUCAUCCUACUCUUCCUCCCUUGCAGACCUCAGAUUAUGUGCACAGCAGUGCCCAUUACUUGGCUCUCCUCAUCUCCAUCACGGUCUGCAGCGUCUUCCUUGUCAUCGUCGUCGUCAUCUGCUACGUCAGGUACAAGCGGCAGGAGUCCGAGCCGCGCUACAGCAUCAACCUGGAACAGGACGACUCUUACAUCCCUCAGGGCGAGUCACUCAAGGACCUCAUCGAACUUUCCCACAGCGUCGGCUCUGGAUCAGGCUCGGGGGUCCCCUUGUUGGUUCAGCGCACCAUCGCCAGACAGAUUCAGAUGGUGAAGCAGAUCGGGAAGGGGCGCUACGGCGAAGUGUGGAUGGGCAAGUGGCGAGGCGAGCGAGUGGCCGUCAAAGUGUUCCAAACCACAGAGGAAGAGAGCUGGUUCAGAGAGACGGAGAUCUACCAGACCUUCCUCAUGCGACACAACAACAUUCUGGGCUUCAUAGCGGCCGACAUUAAGGGCACGGGCUCGUGGACGCAGCUGUACCUGAUCACCGACUACCACGAGAACGGCUCGCUGUAUGACUACCUCAAAUGCAACACGCUGGACGCCAGGGCUCUGCUCAAGCUGGCGUACUCGUCCGUAUCGGGCCUGUGCCACCUGCACAUGGAGAUCAUCGGCACGCAGGGCAAGCCGGCCAUCGCCCACCGAGACCUGAAGAGCAAGAACAUCCUGGUCAAGAGGAACGGGUCGUGCUGCAUCGCCGAUCUCGGCCUGGCCGUCAAGUUUAGCAGCGACACCAACGAGGUGGACGUGCCGGCGAACCUGCGCGUGGGCACCAAGCGCUACAUGCCCCCCGAGGUCCUGGACGAGACCUUGAACAAGACCACCUUCCGGUCCUUCAUCAUGGCCGACAUGUACAGCUUCGGCCUCAUCGUGUGGGAGAUGGCUCGGCGCUGCGUCACCGGAGGCAUCGUGGAGGAGUACCAGCUCCCCUACUACGACCUGGUGGCCUCUGACCCCUCCUACGACGACAUGAAGAAGGUGGUCUGCGUCAAGCAGCAAAGGCCGGCGUUUGCCAACCGUUGGGCCACAGACGAGUGUUUAUGUCAGAUGGCAAAACUGAUGUCGGCAUGCUGGUCGCACAAGCCGGGCUCUCGCCUCACUGCCUUGAGGGUGAAGAAGACCCUCGCCAGGAUGUUGGAGUCUCAGGAUAUAAAGCCGUGACAGAACCAUACCACUAAGACACAUUGUACAAGGGGAGGAGUUUACCCUACCUUUGUGUUGGUCACACUGUGCUUUCUGUGAAAGCGGAGUGGCUCUCGAGAGGAGCUGGGGGGGUACACCAACCCCUUCCCAAAAGCCAUUUUUAUGAGCAGUUUUUUGUACUGUUGAUUUUGUCUAGCCAAAGAUCACGAUGCUCAGUGACCUCAUUAGGAUCAUUUGUUCAUGGAUUAUUAUCAGUUGGAUUAAAUUAAUGAAAAAAAGAAA